GAUGCUGGGCGAGAGAGAGCCGCCACCGCCGGAGCCUCCUUCUUUCUUCCCUCUGAUUUCGGGCUGUCAUGGCGACCCCCAAUAACCUGACCCCUACCAACUGCAGCUGGUGGCCCAUCUCGGCGCUGGAGAGCGAUGCGGCCAAGCCGGUGGAGGCCCCCGAAGCACCCGAAGCGGCCAGCCACGCCCAUUGGCCCAAGGAGAGCCUGGUUCUGUACCACUGGACCCAGUCGUUCAGCUCGCAGAAGGUGCGGCUGGUGAUCGCCGAGAAGGGCCUGGCAUGUGAGGAGCGGGACGUGAGCCUGCCGCAGAGCGAGCACAAGGCGCCCUGGUUCAUGCGGCUCAACCUGGGCGAGGAGGUGCCCGUCAUCAUCCAUCGCGAGAACAUCAUCAGCGACUACGACCAGAUCAUCGACUACGUGGAGCGCACGUUCACGGGAGAGCACGUGGUGGCGCUGAUGCCCGAGGCGGGCAGCCCCCAGCACGCGCGGGUGCUGCAGUACCGCGAGCUGCUGGACGCGCUGCCCAUGGACGCCUACACACACGGCUGCAUCCUGCACCCCGAACUCACCACCGACUCCAUGAUCCCCAAGUACGCCACGGCCGAGAUCCGCAGACAUUUAGCCAACGCCACCAUGGACUUCAUGAAAUUGGACCAUGAAGAGGAGCCCCAGCUCUCUGAGCCCUACCUUUCUAAACAGAAGAAGCUCAUGGCCAAGAUCCUGGAGCACGAUGAUGUGAGCUACCUGAAGAAGAUCCUGGGGGAGCUGGCCAUGGUGCUGGACCAGAUCGAGGCUGAGCUGGAGAAGAGGAAGCUUGAGAACGAGGGGCAGAAAUGUGAGCUGUGGCUCUGUGGCUGUGCCUUCACCCUUGCUGAUGUCCUCCUGGGAGCCACCCUGCACCGCCUCAAAUUCCUGGGACUGUCCAAGAAAUACUGGGAAGAUGGCAGCCGGCCCAACCUGCAGUCCUUCUUUGAGAGGGUCCAGAAACGCUUUGCCUUCAGGAAAGUUCUGGGCGACAUCCACACCACUCUGCUGUCAGCAGUCAUCCCCAAUGCGUUCCGGCUGGUCAAGCGGAAACCCCCAUCUUUCUUUGGGGCAUCCUUCCUCAUGGGCUCCCUGGGUGGGAUGGGCUACUUUGCCUACUGGUACCUCAAGAAAAAAUACAUCUAA